GAUAGUAAAGAGUGAACGGAGCAUUAUUUAUUUUCAUUUUUUACUUGCAAAGAGAGUGUAAGUAAAAACAACAGACAUUAUGCAGUCUUUGCGGAUAUUGGUGAGAAGAAAUGCGCAUCAGCUUCGACGAUUGCACAAGUGUGUAUCACAGUGUCAAGCCGAAGCAGCAGUAGCAUCUAGUCCAGUGACAGAAAAGUUAACAAUUCCAGUUCCCGAGGGUGUUGACAAGCCUGUCUCACCAAAGAUUGAUAAAAUUGCACAAGAUAUCACAGCUCUGAAUCUUCUUGAAGUGUCGGAACUCAGUGAUCUGUUGAAAAAAAGGUUAAACCUUCCUGAUGCUCCUAUCAUGCCCAUGGGAGGAUUCAGCAUGUCACCUCCAAAAGAAGAUGAUGAAGAUAAACCAAAGGAAGCAAUAAAGACUUCAUUCACUGUCAAACUGAUGAAGUUUGAUGAUAAGCAAAAAGUAGCAAUAAUCAAAGAGAUAAAAAAUCUAAUACCAGGCACAAAUUUAGUACAAGCCAAAAAGUUUGUGGAAUCUGCACCUCAAGUUGUCAAAGCUGACAUUAGCAAAGAUGAGGCAGACCAGCUCAAGCAGACAUUGAACAAAGUUGGCGGCGAAGUUGUUAUCGAAUAAUCAUUUUGUGAAUUUAGUGGUUUAAUUUUUACUUUAGAUUAAAGACAAACUUUAUAUGUUGAGUACCAUUUACAGUACCUGCAUUUAGAGAACAAGAUGCAAAAAAAGACUAUGCAACAUUUUCUAUCUACACUCAU